UCUUGCCUUGUAGCCCAGAUUGGUGUUGAAUUCAUGACCCUGCCUUGACUAUGCUGAGAUUACCAGCACUCACCACCACACUGCACUGCCUGUCAGUUAUCAAGUGCCCUCAAAGAGCUCAUCUCAUGAUAUGACUGUGCUAAUAGUAAAUACUGUAAAAGUUCUGCUGGAGCCAGGCAUGGUAGCACACAUCUUUAAUCCCAGCACUCACAGGCACUCAAGGCAGAGACAGGUGGAUCACUGUGAGUUCUAGUUCUAGUCCAGCCUGGUCUCAAACAGGACAGCCAAAAAGAGUUCUGCUCUAGGAGAUACCUCUAAGAAUACUUUUUUUAUAUGUAAUGUCAGUCUUAAACACACAUAAUUCAGAAAGUUUAUGGACUUUAUCUGUAGAUAGAAAAUGGGCAUGCAUUGUUAAUGCUUAUAAUUCAUGAAGCAAAUGCAUUUUUGUCUAUUAUAUCAUGUUACACAAAUUUAUUUUUGUUAGGUAAACCUAAUGUAGUUGGGAAAAUCUUAAUGUUAAAUUUUCUAAGAUAUAACUGAUAGCUGUUUGUUUAAAUGCCCCGAGUUGUCCUGCUCAUGGGGACCAAUAGGAAAUGUCAGUGCCAAGAGGGCAGGUUGUUUGUCUGCCUUGAUGACCCAAGUCAGUAAUUACUUUAUUGUCAGAGUUGUAUGCCUGAAAAUUAAUAAUAACUAGUUUUCAGAGGCUACUUCAUAGUUGGUUAAUUAGAAAGUGAGGUGUUCCCUUACUUUUCCCAGACAGGGCUUCUCUGUAGCCCUGGCAGUCCUGGAACUCUGUAGACCAGGCUGGCCUCGAAUUCGGAGAUUCACUUGCCUCUGCGUCCUGAGUGCUGGGAUUAAAGGCAUGUGCUGCCACCACCUAAGGAGUGUUUUUUGUUUUUUUGUUUUUGAUUUUUUUUUUUUAUCUGUUUAUCAUGAUCCCUGAAAUGAGCCUCUAGUUGGUUUUGUUUUGAUUUGUAGCACUGGGUAAUCAAGCCUAGGGUUUACACAUACCAAGCAAAUGCUCUACCACUGAGCUCUAUGCCCAGCACUUCUUUAAAAAUAUUUGAGAUGGUCUUGUUAAAUUGCCCAGGUUGUGUUUGAACUUGCUCUAUAACCUAGACAGGCUUGAAUUGUGUUCCUCCUGCCUCAGCCUCCCAAUUCAGCUUGCACCAACAACUUCUCAUUUUUCCACCCUAUCAGAUAAUCAAAACCUGUCUUUUAAAUGAAAAUAUAUGUAAGUCCUUUUAAAGUCUAAAAAUUAAUAUAUGGGUACUUAUCUUAUAUUUAGGACUUUAUGAGAAUGGAAAAUUAUGAGGCAUGUAUAGGUUUUGAUCUCUGUGAGACACCCCUCUCCACUGUUGCUCAGAAGAUUUUGUCUGCUAUGCGUUCAGGUGAUUUAGUGGAUUCUAAAAAUGAGGAAGAGAGUACAAAGACUUCAAAUGUGACCAAAAAAUCCAGUGUUCAUUAUUCAGUAUUACCUGAACAUGAGAAGACUCAAUCACUAGAAACAAAGAACCCUAAGUCAUUAAUAACUCAGACACUAAGAGGAUCCACCGAGCUCUUUCCUCAGUCCUCCAUUACUAAGCUUACAAGUCAGUUCUCUGCUGGCCAAGUACCGAACAGUAUCAGCUCGUUGGCUCUUUCGAGUCAUUUAAUUCCACAGUGUGAUCAGGAAUCUUCAGUUUUACAGAAAAGGGAGCAUAAGAGAGAGCACAUCCUAAAGGAAAGUAUAGCUAAAGAAGAUAAGGAAUGCUUGAAUUGUAAAAGGAAAUAUAUUACAUGUAGUACUUCCCAAGAAAUAGCAAGUAAACUCUCAGCACUGGAAGAAGAUACUGAUGGGACUGAAACCUGGCUAAACUCCAAGGACACAAGAGCUUUUGGAAAGCAUCUUUGUGAUGUUAGAUAUUUGGAUGAUUUGGCAAAAGUUCAGCUGAUGGAUGUUCUCAAGCAAGCAGCAGCUCUGGUGGUGACACUGAUGUACAAGGAUGGUUCCACGCAGCUCAGAGCCAACCAGACCUUAACUUGUCCUGUUAAAGGAAUCAUGGUAUUACUGAAAAACCAUGUAGACAGAAGCCCCCUGAUUCCCCCAGCCUGUGGUGGUGCUCUGGGAGAAGACUUCAGAUCCACAGAUCAUUGUAUCUACAUACAUACUGAGCAUUCCCCUUUCUGGGGUCCAAAGCAAGAAGCACAUAGUCUAUUUGUCAGGAACAUGCUGUUUUGGACACUUACAUGUAAAUGCCCCAUUGUUUGUUUUAAUGCCAAGGACUUUGUGAAAACAGUACUGCAGUUCUAUGGUGAAGAAGACAGCUGGAAGCAUGUGGCUGGUUUUGUAGGACUAGAUCCCAGAGUUGCUGCAUGGCUCAUAGAUCCUAGUGACACUGCACCUUCAUUUGAAGAUUUAGUGGCAAAACACCUAGAAAAGUCCAUCAUAAUCAAACCAAGCAGUAUAUUUGGUGAUGCCUCAAGAAAUACUGUGAAUCAGAAUGUAUACAUGAACCUGAGGAUACUCUACGACCUCACGAUGGAUCUUUGUUCCAAGUUGAAGGCUUAUGGCUUAUGGCAACUAUUUUGUACUUUGGAGCUUCCAUUGAUACCAAUUUUGGCAGUGAUGGAAAACCAUAAGAUUCCAGUUGACAAAGAAGAAAUGAAGAGGACAUCAGCACUCCUUGGAGCUCACCUCAAGGAACUAGAGCAAGAAGCCCAUUUUGUUGCAGGAGAACAGUUUCUUAUAACGAGUAAUAGCCAGCUUCGUGAGAUCCUCUUUGGCAAGUUGAAGCUGCACUUGUUGAGUAAGAGGAAGCAUCUUCCCAGAACUGGGCUGCAGAAUCAGCUGUCCACAUCAGAAGCCAUGUUAAAUUCUCUACAAGAUCUUCACCCUUUACCCAAGAUAAUUUUAGAAUAUAGACAGGUUCACAAGAUCAAGUCAACUUUUAUAGAUGGAUUACUAGCUUUUAUGAAAAAGGGCUCCAUCUCUUCUACAUGGAAUCAGACUGGAACUGUGACGGGGAGACUUUCAGCCAAGCAUCCUAAUAUCCAGGGUAUCUCAAAGCACCCAAUUCAGAUUUCUAAGCCUCGGAAUUUUAAAGGUAAAGAAGAGGAGACAGUCACCAUCUCUCCAAGAAAUCUGUUUGUUUCCUCUGAAGGCCACACCUUCCUGGCAGCAGACUUUUCACAGAUUGAAUUGCGCAUUCUUGCACAUUUAUCUGGGGAUCCAGAGCUUUUGAAGUUAUUCCAGGAACCUGAAAGAGAUGAUGUAUUUUCUACCCUGACUUCACAGUGGAAGGACAUUCCCAUGGAGCAUGUGACACACAUGGACAGAGAACAGACCAAGAAAGUGGUGUACUCCGUGGUCUAUGGAGCAGGGAAACAGCGGCUUGCUGCUUGUCUUGGAGUCAGUGUUCUGGAAGCCACCCACUUUUUGGAGAGAUUUUUGCAGAAGUACAAGAAAAUCAAGGAUUUUGCCCAGACAGUUAUUGCCCAGUGUCACCGUGCAGGCUAUGUGACAUCCAUCCUGGGUAGAAGGAGGCCUUUGCCGACGAUCUGUGCACAGGACCAGAAACUUCGGGCACAAGCAGAGCGACAGGCAGUAAACUUUGUGGUUCAAGGCUCAGCCGCAGACCUCUGUAAGCUAGCCAUGAUUCGCAUCUUUGCUGCAGUAGCCACAUCUCCAACCCUUACAGCCAGGUUAGUUGCCCAAAUUCAUGAUGAGCUGCUGUUUGAAGUAGAAGAUACUCAGAUCCCUGAGUUUUCAGCCCUUGUCAAAAGGAUCAUGGAGUCCUUGCAACAGGUACAGACCCUGGAACUGGAGCUGCAGGUGCCCCUAAAGGUGAACUUGAGUGUUGGCCGCUCAUGGGGACACCUGGCCCCACUGUAG